AUGAAGGAAGAGGAAGUAAACCGAUGCCAGAUUCAAAAAUGGUACCCAAAAUUCAGAUCUUUAACCAUCAAAACCAAAUUCCAGCAACUUCCAGAAUCUUUCAUCAACUACCUCACCGACGAUUCAGGUCCGUUUCUUCUCCCUGAAUCCGUAACAAACCAAAACGCAAUGCCCAAUAGAGUCCGCAAUCCCGAAGAAGAAGACGAUUUCCAAGUCUCCGAAGGAUCAGAUAACGAAGCAGAAGAACCACCAUCGAAUCUCCUUCCUUCGUUUCCACAACUCGAAAUCGAGAUCAAAGAAUCAAUCGAAACCCUAGGGGGCUCGAUUUUCCCAAAGCUGAAUUGGAGUGCACCAAAGGACGCAGCUUGGAUAAGCCCAUCACAGAAUCUUAGCUGCACUUGUUUCAGUGAGAUCGCUCUCUUGUUUCGUUCCUCAGAUUCUUUAUUACAUGAUCUAUGCAACGCUUAUGAUUCUUGUAGUGAUAAAACCUCUUCAAGGCCACAAAGUUUCUUCCUUGCAUUGAGAAAAUGGUAUCCUUCUUUGAAACCUGAGAUGGAAUUUAGAUGCUUUGUUAAAUCGAAAGAGCUUGUUGGGAUUUGUCAACGUGAGGUUACUACAUUUUACCCUGUUCUUGUCAAUGAGAAGGAUUUGCUAAAGGGUUUGAUCGAAGAGUUUUUCGAUGAAAACAUUAGGAUGGAAUUCGAAUCAGAUAGCUACACUUUUGAUGUUUAUGUUACUAAGGAGAGAAGGGUUAAGCUAAUAGAUUUCAAUACUUGGUGUGGCUCUACAUUACCAUUGAUGUAUACAUGGGAAGAACUUGAGGGGAUUCGAGGAGAGUGUAAUGAAUUGGAAUUGAGGAUUGUUGAGAGCCGUCGUAGCGUGCUUCCCGGUUUGAAAACAGCUGUUCCUUAUGAUUAUCUUGACGUGAGUUCUGGUAGUGGUUGGGAUCAGGUUAUUAAGAAAGCUGAAGAGCAGUUUCAGAGAGAGAAUCAGAGUUCUGAUGAAUUUGCUUGA